ACAAGUGAGGAGAACCGGGAGGAGAACAUCGGCAUGAACCUGAUGGAGUUUUCAGAUGAAAUCCUCUUACACAUCUUGCGAUACACUCCUGUGUCAGAUCUUGUCUUGAAUGUCCGAAGGGUCUGUCGGAAACUCUCCGCCCUUAGUCUUGACAAAAGCCUCACUCAGACCGUGAUCCUGCAUAAAGAUUAUCAGGUGGACAAAGACAAGGCGAAGCAGCUGAUGAAGGAGAUUGGGAAAGGGAUCCAGGAGCUGGACCUGACCGGCUGUUACUGGUUGCCUGGCUUGACCAUCGACCAAGUGACCCGCUGCAAGAAUUUGGUGAAGCUGAACCUGUCCGGCUGCCACCUCACCUCCCUUCGCCUCUCGAAGAUGCUCUCCGCCUUGCAGCAGCUUCGCUCAUUGGCCAUCGACGUGAAUCCCGGGUUCGACGCCUCCCACUUGAGCAGCGAGUGCAAGGCCACCCUGAGCCGGGUGCUGGAGUUGAAGCAGACCCUCUACACCCCGUCCUACGGGGUGGUGCCCUGCUGCACUAGCCUGGAGAAGCUGCUGUUGUACUUUGAGAUCCUCGAUCGAUCCCGGGAGGGUUUAAUCAUCUCGGGACAGCUUAUGGUGGGAGAGAGCAACGUGCCCCAUUAUCAGAAUCUACGGGUCUUCUACGCCCGGCUGGCUCCUGGCCCGGUCAACCAGGAAGUGGUGAGGCUCUACUUGGCAGUGCUGAGUGACCGGACUCCGGAGAAGCUUCACGCCUUCCUCAUCUCUGCCCCGGGUGGAUUCGCCCAGAGCUGCGCCGUGAAAAACCUCUUGGAUUCCAUGGCCAGGAACGUGACCUUAGACGCCCUGCAGCUGCCUCGCUCCUGGAUGAACGGUUCCAGCCUCUUGCAGCACUUGAAGUUUAGCAAGCCUUUUUAUUUCAACUUCAGCCGCUGCAGUCUGUCCGGCGGGCAGCUGGUCCAGCGGGUGCUGAACAGCGGCAAAGACCUGCGCAGUUUGGUCGGCUUGAACCUGAGCGGCUGCGUCCACUGCCUGUCGCCCGAUUCCUUGUUGCGGAAAGUGGAAGACGACAUUGACAGCGGUAUCGCGGAAGCCCUGGUGGACGCCUGCUGCAACCUGAGGCACCUCAACCUCUCCGCCGCCCACCAUCACAGCCCGGAGGGCCUGGGCAAGCAUCUCUGCCAGGUCCUGGCUCGUCUGAAAGGCCUCCUGUCUCUGGCCCUGCCUGUGUGCGCCGUGGCCGACAGGGCCGCCGCAAUUGCCGACAGGACUUCAGUGCAGCCGGUGGCUCACUCGGUCUCUCAAGGGUUUGGGAAAAGGGUCCGGAUUGGGGUGCAGACCUAUCCCAGGAACUGCUUGGAACAGAGCAAUCCCAGACCGCAGUCCUCCGUCUUUUGGACUCUUCUGGAGAGUCUCCCCUUUCUGGAAAAGUUGGAGCUGAUCGGCUCCAGUUUUUCCUCGGCCAUGCCCCGGAACGAGCCGGCCAUUCGGAACUCGCUGCCCCCCUGCAGCCGGGCACAGCACAUCGGGGACGCCGAGGUGGCUGCCAUCGGCCAGCUGGCCUUCUUGCAGAGCCUCACCUUGGCUCAGUUGCCCAAUAUCCUCACGGGCUCUGGGCUGGUUGACAUUGGGGCGCAGUGCCAGCGCCUGCGGGCUCUCUCCUUGGCCAACCUGGGCCUGAUGGGGAAGGUGAUGUACGUGACGGCUCUGGUGGACAUGCUGAAGCACUGCAGGUGUUUGCAGGAUCUCAGGCUUGAACAGCCCUACUUCCACGCCAACGCCCAGUUCUUCCACGCCCUCAGCUGCUGCUCCUCCCUGCAGCGUCUUUGCAUCAUCUCCCGGAGUGGGACACUGCAGUCCGAUGCCGUGAUGUCGUUCAUGACCGCCUGCCCCGAGGUGAUCAUGUGCCACAUGUUCGUGGGGGAGUCGCUCACCGUUUGCAAAAGCCUGCAGCAGAGCCUAAUACGCAGUUUCCAGGCUGACCGACCGGCGCUGAACGUGGUGGUGUUCCCUCUCCUCCACGAAGACCUAACCGAGGUCAUCCGGGACGUGCCCAUGAUGCACCUGGACGAGAUCACCUUGUUCAAAAGCCGGGUGGCCGAGGAACCGCCCAAUCUGUGGUGGUGA